AUGUCCAUCAAUACAACAAUCCAUUUCUCUCUCCCACGGAUUGCUGCUUCGUCCUUCCUCCCCUCACCCCCCUCAACUACGGUCAUCCUCUUCAUCAUCUCAACAUAUCUCCUCGCUAUUCACUACCUCAGAUUUUCCAGACGGGACUCCAUGGUCAAGAAGUUUGGCUAUAACACGAGAGAAUCAUUCAAGUACAUGACAAACACGGAUGCUCAAAAAAUCACGAGCUAUAUAGGGGAGUUGGAGUUUCCGAGAUUUUAUAAGACCAGCCUCCAGUUUGCUCUUUUCAAGACCUACGGCAUCCCCACCAUCUCUAAACUCCUCGUUGAUACCAAACAAUUCAGCUCCAAAGAAACAGCCAGCAAACGCUACGCCGACACAGGUAUUCUGAUUGGAGAAAUAGCCUCUCAUCAUCCUCUUCAUCCACGUGUCCUAAAAGCCAUCUCCCGCAUGAACUAUCUUCAUUCCCCCUAUCAAAAAGCCGGGAAGAUAUCAAAUGAUGAUUUGUUAUAUACUUUGUCUGUAUUUAUCACCGAGCCAAUAGCGUGGAUUGGGAAGUAUGAAUGGAGGGUGCUGAAUGAGAUGGAGAUAUGUGCGAUAAGUACUUUCUGGAAGGGGAUCGGUGAUGGGAUGGGUAUUUCGUAUGAGGUUUUGAAGAGGGGACAUGGAGGAAAAGUGGAGUGGAAAGACGGAAUUGAAUUUUACGAGGAUAUCAAAGAGUGGGCAGAAGAAUACGAGAGGAAGUUCAUGGUCCCAAACCCCUACAACAAAAGAACAGCAGAUGCACUCGUCCCGCUCCUUCUCUUCCUCGUUCCCAAAGCCCUCCUCCCAUUUGCGCACGAUGCAGUGGGUGUCCUAAUGGGUCCACUCCUUCGCUCCGCAAUGAUAUACCCGGAGCCCUCCCCUCUCAACACAACCAUCACAAACAACGUCCUCAAUACCCGCAAAUAUCUCCUGGCGCAUUUCUCACUACCAAGACCACAAUGGAUGCGCGUGAGAGAAAUCUCGAGCAGUGAUGAUGAGGGGAUAGAUGGUAGAUUCCAUAGCACUAAUUAUCUCGUGCAUCCGUACUAUCAAAAACCAGGGUGGUGGAAUAGUUGGGGGCCGAUGGCGAUGGUUACGAGGGUGCUAGGCGGGUUUGUGCCGGAGGAGGUGGGGGAUGAGAAGGGGAUGGGGAAGGGAGAGGGAAGGAAUAAUGAGUGGAGGCCUCAGGGAUAUAGGUUCGAGGAGAUAGGACCGGAAAAGAAAGAGGGGGUUGGAGAGGAGGAUAUGAGGAGGUGGGAGGAACGAUUGGGGAGGGAGAGGACGGGAGGCUGUCCUUUUGCUUUUGCGAAUGGGAAGUGA